AUGGAUAGCCAAGUGCAGACCCAGCAGCCCUUGCCUGAUUNGUGUGGUAACCUCCUGCCCGUCGACAUCAAGAUCAUUGACCGCAACCAAACCGAAGUAAUGAAAAUUAAGAAACUCGUAAGCCCCCUCGCGUGCCAGGACUGCUGCUUCCCCUGCUGUCUCCAGACGAUGGACGUUGAGUGCCCCCCUGGCACGGUCGUGGGCAGGAUUGAACAGCAAUACAGCUUCUACACUCCGAAGUUUGACGUCAAGAACAAAGCUGGAAAGACGGUCCUUAAAAUCAAGGGGACAUAUUACCGGCCCGGGCCAUAUCAUUAUAGCGUCGUCAAGUUCGAUAUCCUGUCAGCGGACGGCAAGGAGAAGGUGGGCGAGAUAUCAAAUCGCCUGCAUGGCUAUUCCAUGUUCGUCCCCUAUGACCCCGAUUUACGCAUCAACUUCGAGCUUGAAUUGGACGACAAGAUCAAGGCCACGCUACUCGGUGCCCUCUUCCUCAUCGGUUUCGUGUACGUCGAGUUCAACAAAUAAGUCCGGCGCUCGGUGGGAGUCUCGCAAAGCAUCAGUGUUCAUCGCGGUCGCACGCUCGAUGAAUAGUGAAUUUGUGUUGUUGUAUAAGGAAUAAUGUUUUUAUUGUUCGCGCUUGUCCUGA